AUGGCGAUUUCGAGUGUGAACAUGUACAUUUGUUUGGCGAUACCAGCAGUAUUGUCUUGGUUAGCAGCAACGACAUACUACCAAUAUCGUCGAUUAAAGCACAUACCUGGACCGAAGAGUGCCGGACUCUCAAUAUGGUGGUUUCUGCGGGUUACUCUUCGCGGGAGAACACAUCUGGAGUUGCAUGAAGUUUGCGAGAAGUAUGGCUCAAUUGCAAGAGUCGGUCCAAGAGACUUGGUGACAAGCGAUCCCAAACUGGCCCUGCAUAUGCUCAGUGUUCGGUCGCAAUACACCCGCUCAGCCUGGUACAACGGCUUGCAAUUUGAGCCCGGAAAGAACAAUAUCGUUUCUGUAAGAGACGAUAUAAUACAUAACAAUAUUCGCUCCAAAAUGGCUGGCGGGUACUCGGGCAAAGAAGUUGAACAUCUGGAAGAAAAGAUUGACAGCUCCGUCAAGAAUUUGAUACGACUGCUGGACUCGUACAUCGCCAACAACAAACCGUUUGACAUUGCUCGCAAGAUACAGUACUUUGCGCUGGAUGUUAUUUCGGACUUGGCUUUUGGCGAACCAUUCGGCGACCUUGCUUCAGAUUCUGACAUCCACAACAUCGUGUCGGAUUUUGAGACGUAUUUACCGUAUCUGAUAGUCUCUACGGUCAUGUCGUGGAUGAUACCGGUUAUGGGACUGCCCAUUUUCAGACCUCUUAUGCCGUCAAAGCACGAUGUUCUUGGCGUUGGUCGCCUGAUGGGAAUUGCCAAAACUGUGGCAGCUGAGCGGUAUGGACCGAAGAAAAGGGUCCAGAGGGACAUGGUCGGCUCAUUCGUAGCAAGGGGAUUGAGUCAACAGCAGACUGAGUCUGAGAUUGCUGCACAAAUUGUCGCCGGCUCCGACACCACCGCAACCGGCAUUCGAUCCACGUUGCUCAACAUCAUCACCAAUCCUCGCGUCCUCUCCAAACUUCGCGAGGAAAUCAACGCAGCAAAGUUAAGUUGGCCCAUCGCCAAGGACAGCGAGAUACGCCAAAUGCCCUACCUGCAAGCCACCAUCCGCGAAGGUCUGCGCCUGUUCCCCCCCGUGUCGGGAUUCAUGUCCAAGGAAGUUCCCAUCGACGGCGACUGCUGGAACGGCAUCACAUUCCCCGCCGGAACAAGAAUAGGAUUCAGCAUGGUUGGCAUCCUGCGGCAACGUCACGUCUGGGGCGAGGACGCGAACGAGUUUCGGCCGGAGAGGUGGUUCGAUGCAACGCCUGAUAUGGAGGCGACGAUUGGUCUUGUGUUUGGAGGAGGGAAAUGGGGGUGUCUGGGGAAGAAUGUUGCUCAGAUUGAGAUGAACAAGGUUAUUGUGGAGAUCUUGAGGCGCUUUGAUGUGACGUUGGUGGAUGCAACAAGGCCAUGGAAGUGUUUCAACUAUGGUGUCUUUUUGCAGUCAGAGUUUUGGGUGCGUGCGUAUCGCCGAGAACAUGUGCCUGGGACUUAG